GUUUACAAAGUUUAUUUUCUUUCAUGUCUUGGCCCGGAAAAUUGUUAAUUAUCUAUGAAAACUUUACCAACGAUCUGCCUCCUCUACAAAUUGGCCAGAAACCAACAGGAUGCCCCACACCCUGUGCCUGCAAGUGCAAAUGCUGCCGAGGAUUCAGCCAGAAAUACGUGGCAUUCAAUGGGGAAUCCGACGACCGUUCUUCCUCUGCCGCCGCUGGCGACGAUGUCCAGAAGAUGAUGCGGUUUCGCAGCUCUGACAUGUUGCUGCUCCUGCAGGCUGCCCAGUUAAUGGAUCAUUUGUGGACCAAUCAGUACUUUAAAGUGGAUUUGGAAGAGGAUUUUGCUGCCAUUUCAAAGAAAUUAGCUGUCCAUGGAAGAGCAGUGCCCAAGGAAAAGCUGGCUGAGAUCCUGGACACUGUCACCUCAGGCUACAGGCGAGCGGUUAGUCAGCUAUCCCCCACCGAAGCGCAAGGUGCCCUGCGUCCCAAAGAGGCAGCUCUCAACUUUCCCGGAUUGCGCUGCUCCUGCUCGAAAUGCGAGAAGCUACCGUGGCGCAAGCUUCAGGAUGUAGAAGAGCACCAGAAGGAUCACCGAUUUAGCGACAACUUUCACUGCAGGAUCUGCUAUCGCCGGUUUUACCUGCAGCACUCAUUGACUGCUCAUUUGAUCAGAAGGAUCGGCAGUAGAAGUCCCAGCUCCGAGGAACUAAUGGAAAAUGAGAGCUACAAAAGAUUGCUACAGGCUCAGAGGUCCAAGGAGCUAAAGGAACUAGAACAAGCACCUGUCCAAGUGGAAGAUAUAAUGGUGCCAGUGCCGAACAACUUACGUCUGGAUUACGAGGAGGAAAAUAGAUCCCCCAUCCGGGAGCGUAAACGCUUUAUGCACUCUCAGUGUCCACUUUGUGAUCUUAAAUACCGCUUUUCUUUUAGCCACCAGCUUCACUUUUUGAACAAACACAGAAAGACUCAGCGAGAUCCAGAGGCCUCCUUCUCCUGCUACAAUUGCAAUAGAUCAUUCCUCACAAGAAAGUCUUUAAUCAAUCAUCAAAAGAUCAUUCGCAAGGCCUGUCAUCUUCGCUAUCGUCGCUUUAAGUGCCCCAAGUGCUGCUCAAAAUUCCAAUUGGCUUCAACACGAAACACCCAUGUUACCAGGAUUCACGACAGGAAGAAACUAUGUCUUAUUUGUCAAGUUCCCACUUUGGCAAGGUGCUGCAGUAAUCACACACCAAGGCAAUGCCGAGAAGCUAUUAAGAAACACAGAGAGAAAGUGAGAGAGCUCCGAGGUCUAAGCAAGAAGCCACAAGCACCCAAACCAAUGUGUCAUCAUUGCAAUCAAAGCUUUUCCAACUCGUUUUUACUCCGAGAACACUUAAAUCGGAAGCAUCUGAAGCAGAAAAACUUCACCUGUGAGAUUUGUGGAGCCACAUUCUACAGCCAGGGAAAGAUGCAAAUCCAUCGGAAGGCUGUGCAUCUAAUGCUGCAUGUAACCCACUGCGAGAUUUGUAACCUGACCAUCAAAGCCAAGGAUAAUUAUCUGCGGCAUUGCAGGUCGAAAAGGCAUCAGGAUAACCUUCGUAAGAUGGAAACGGAAAGGACUAAAAUUAGAGAAACGGAAAUUACCGAAAGUAUUCAAAGCAAUCAUUUAAAAAAAGAUCACGAUGUGGAAUCUCCAAAAACAUGUUUAAGGAGGGAAGCCAAGACUGAAUCCUUGGGAAAGCUGAUGAAAAAGCCAAUUAGGAAACUUUCCACAGCUCCUAGGGAUCAAAAGCCUGUAGAGAUCAACUUUUGUAAUCCCUGUGGAAUUUCUAUAGUUGGAAGUAUGAUCAGACACUAUAAGACGUCCAAACAUAAAAAUAACUUAAUAAAAUACAACGAAAAGAGAGAGAAUAGGCGAUUUAUGAGAAGCUUAAGAUUGAGCAAUAUUUAA